AUGAGAUUUCUUGUGUCGUUUUUGAUUUACGGAUAUGUUUUGGCGAAAUUUACUCCAAGUCAAGAGCAGAAGAAAUUUGCGGAAAAAAUCGGAAAUAUGUGAGUUUGUGUGAAUUUCAAAAAAAAAAAUUGCCGAUAGCUUCGCCACCGCCCGAAAGCGAUAAACACACAAAACACACGAAUAUAUAAAUUUCUUGUGUGGCCGACGAUUGGCGGGUUGUGUGUGUCGCCAUUGUUUGUGUGUAAAAGGGGCGGAGCUUAUUUGAGUGAGCGCGUUUUUUUCGCGCGAAAAUCAAGUUUUCAAUGAAAAUUCUGAUGUAAACUUUGAAAUUUCGAUCCAAUUUUCCAGGCUUCUCUCACAAUCAAGUGUCGAAAAUCCAAAUUCGAUCCACAUCGGCCUACAACUCGGAAAACACUUGAAUUUCUCGGAAAACGCAAAAAUUUGCGAUGAAUUGGACAUGAAUGAAGCGGGAUUCCUGGAAUAUUUGGCACACGAUCGGAAGAUUUUCAAAAAAAUCAACAAGACUUCGGAUAUUGUUAAUAUCAAAUACGCGACUCGCGAGAUUUUCGAAAUCCAAUUCAAUUUGACCAAUAAAAUGAACUACAUUGAGACGAAAACUUUUGAGAUUUUUGCCGCUGGAAAUUCGAUUUACAAAAUUCAAAUGGGCGGAGCUUGUUCGGAUGCAAAUCGAAUUAAUCCAGCAAAUAUUUAUAGACGUGGAGGAAAUGUUGAAAAAUUAGAUGGGAAAGGGUUUAUUGAAAUUGUUAAGAAUAUGUGAGUUAGGCUAACUUUAGCGCUAAAAAUUUAGCGUCUAAUUAGACGCUAAUUAAAAAAAUCUUGCAGGCUUCCCUUCAAUGAAACUUCGAUUCGAUUUUCUAAGCAAUUAUUGGCUUUUAUUGAGACAAAUCCGAAUGUUGAGGAGAGUUAUAACUUGAGUAAGUGCGCUCCAGCGAAAUAUUUAUUUUUUCGCGUUUUCCCUGUUGAGUUAGGGCUCAUUUUGAAGCCCUUAAAAUUCUGAGCAAAUGCGCUCCACCGAAAUAUCGAUUUUUGCAGCCGAAUUCUUGAAUUACAUGAAAAUCUUCAAUGAUCGAUACGAACAUCUCAAAAAUGCGAAACAAACUGCGGAUUUCAAAAAAGCUGAAGAAAUUGUGAUUCUCGAGGAAAAUGAUAUGAUUGUUUUUAGGAUUUUGACAAUUUUCAAAUUCAAAUAUGGAAAUGGAAAAAAAAAUGAGGAUUUGUGGGAUUUCAAAAAUUCAAGCUCUUCAUGUGAGUUAGGCCUAUUUUUAAGCCUGAAAAGCCCUAAUUUUAGGCCCAAACCUAAAAAGCCUGAAUUUCAGAACAAAGACAAGGAUAAAAUGUGGAAAAUCUACAAAAUAAUUGUUCGUCCAAUCUCAAAAAUCCACUCAAAUCACUCGAUUUUUCGACCAAUUCAAGUUUUGAUGAAAAAAAUUCACCGAGAAAUUGGAAAAUUGGAAAAUGAAAAAGUGGCGAAAUUCAGCAAGGAAAUGACGAAAAAAUUGGAAAAAGUCGAAUUUUGUGGAGUUGAACUUGAUGUAACUCGUGAGUUUUUUUUUUUGAAAAUUUAAAAGAAAAUUGGAGUGUGGAAAAAAAUUUUGCAGCUGGUAACUUUUCAGUGGAUUUGAAUGGCUUCAAGGAUUUUACUAUUGUGAGUUUUUUUUAUAAUUCGAACAUGUUAAUGUUACUGUAG